CCUCAAUCUGUGCAGUCGCUUCAUCGAAAAAUUAGAGGAAUAUCUACGCAUUGGAAAGACAUUUUAUUAUUUAUCAGAAGGAAUAACCCCUUAUCAACAAAUUACACACAAUGGCCUACAAGUGGGUGCAAUCCUCGGCCUACUCCUCCAUUCCCGAGGAAGCUGUGGUCGGGGGUAACGAUGAAGAUGGCGCCAUGAUCUACGUGGGCAGAGCAGAGCACGAGGGCGAUAUGCUAGUGUGCAAGGUAGUGCCCUCGAAGCAGCUUGGCUUCAUUUCGCAGCGCGGCGAGGCCCUGCCCAAGGACAUUUUUGAGGUGCUUUGUGGCCAAAAUCUGGUGUGGAUCAAGUGCUACGACCAUGUGAUACCCGAGAAUGCAGUGCUCUGCGGACGCACCUCCCUGGACCAGCCGGUGUACAUUGGUCGGGGUCACUAUGAGGGCCACCUGAUCAUUGGCAAGAUCUCCUCGGUCCACCGGGCACUGUUCAUCGCCUAUCGCGGUGCCGAGCGUCGCCUGGAUUCCUAUGAGAUUCUGGUAGAGGAACGCCGCGUGGUGCCGGGCUGGCAGCUGCCGCCGCCUCCUCCGCCGCUGGAGGAGGCGGAGAAGUGUCCGCUGACCCCGCCGCCACCACCAUCGCCGCCAGCUCCUGUGCUGGCUGCCAAACCGUAUCCCUAUCCGGACAUGGCGGCGAUGCCCUUCCCCAUGACUGACAGGCCGCCAGCGUACACGCCCACACCGGAUCCAUUGCCUCCGGUGGGAGGAGUGAUGGUGAUGCCACGUCCUCCACCACCACCUCCGCCAGUUGGCGGUGUCCUGGUGAUGCCACCACCUCCGCCGCCCAAGCCAACUUUCACCCCAGCAGAGGUGAGCUCGGCCCCACCACCGCCAUCGUACACUCCCGCCGAGGUGUCCGUAACCGCCAUAUCAGUGCCAGCCGUGGGUUCGUCCUUCACGCCCGCCUCUACUUACGAUCCCUACGGAGCCAGUUGCUCCUCCUACACGCCGGCUGAGUACGCUGCUCCGUCGACUUACGAUGCCUACGGCUACGGCAACAACUACGAUGUGUGGGUGUCCGCCGAGCCGGGAUACUACUACAGUUCGGAUGCCGUCGUUGGAGGCCACGACAGCAACAUGUCCCAGUUGCUGGUGUGCCGAGCCUACUACCGCGGUGUCCACGUCCCGGGCAAGGCCAUUCCCAGCCAGGGAUGUGCCUACAUAGCCCACGGCGGCCGGGAGAUCGUGGAGCCUUCCUAUCAGAUGCUGGUGGGCCAGGGCAAGUACCACUGGGUGCCUGCCUAUGGAGGAAAUGUGGCUCCAGGAGCCGUCAUCGCGGGACGUACGCCUGGCGGGGAGCCACUGUACAUUGGCAGGGGUCACUACUGCGGAUCCCUGACCCCGGGUGUUAUUGAGCAGUCCAAUCGCUGCCUGCAAAUCCCGUUCGGCGGACAAGAGAUCCGGCUGAGCAGCUACGAGGUGCUGGUGAGGAGUGACAUUUUCCACGGACAGCAGGCCAUUCGCUUGGUCUACUAAACGGAAACUGGAGGAGAAGUGAUAAGUGCUAAGGAUAGCUGAGGAUUUCACAUCAUUGGAAAAUGCGUUCUUUGAUUGUUUCUUAUUUGUUACCAUUUGGUUGCAUACUUUUGGGCACCACCUAAAUCCAAAAUGACUUUUAAACCAUAAUCCUCUUUGAUCCGAUCCGAUACUUCCGAGAGCAGCUAGGUUUUGAAACCCAAGGAUAUGUAUUUUAAUUGUCACCAAUCUAGUCCGAUUCCUACUUAAAUGAAAACUUCGAAGACAGUAUUUAUUUUAGUCUUCUUUAAACGCCAAAGACAUAAGCAUAUUACAAGAUGUAAGUUUCUUUGACAUGAUAAAAUCAUGCUCCUGUUAAGGUAUUAUAUCAGAAAACACCAAAUACAUAUCAAUUAUAUAUGUGUGUAUAUAAAAACUAUAUAUUCAUCUACUUAUUGUAAACGUUAUAGUUGUAAACGCAAGAAUAUAAAUCCGAUGCUUUAUUUAAA